AUAAUCUCAAAGCAACGAACAAACAAAGAAACAGAUAUUUCCAUUUCAUCAUCGUCGUCAGUUCAUUACUCCACUGCCCGGAUAAGAUUUUAAGCCUCUCAAACUCUUCAAUAUCCCCCCAAAAAACCCUAAUUUGUGCGCAAAUCUUCGAACAAAACCCUCUAAAGCCCUAGAUUCAAAGAUUCAAUGUCGUUUGCUUUAACAUAGACUCAUCGCCGACGCUAGAGAAGACAUGAACUUAUUGGCGAGUAUUCGCGGCAAUUUCAUUCCAUUAUCGCAGUGCAGUUCUUGCUGCGACCUCCAUUUUCAGCCGGCAAUUACUUCGUUGGUCGUUUCCCGAAGACAACGAACCAAUUUAAGCACAAAACAGUUUUCGAGGUUAGAGUUUCGGAGGAAGCGAGAGGUUGUAUGCAGAGUGACUGAGACGGAGACAGAGCCAGAAAGCAACGAUGAUAAGGAAAAUAAAGUAGAAGAAGGUGGGCAAAUGCCAGCGUCCGCUGAAUCUGUUGUGCAAAAUAAUCCAGAGACCACGGAUAAGGAUAUGGGAACAUUUGAAUCCAACAACUUUGUAAAUGGAAAUGGCACGGACACUAGGGCUCAAGGUGGCAUGGAAACUGGCGCUCAACGUAGCAUGGAGGAUGGUGAUAAUGUAGAAGUUGCAAGUGGAUCACCUCUGCCAGGUGUGAAGCCACAGCAACUCGAUGAACCAAUGAGGAUCCCAAAGGAAACCAUUGAAAUUUUUAGGGACCAAGUAUUUGGCUUUGACACUUUUUUUGUGACAAGUCAGGAGCCAUACGAGGGUGGAUUAUUAUUUAAAGGAAACCUGCGAGGGCAGGCUGCUAGAAGUUAUGAGAAAAUAACAGAGAGGAUGCAGGACAAAUUUGGGGAUCAAUAUAAGCUUUUCCUUUUAAUCAAUCCAGAGGAUGAUAAACCAGUGGCAGUUGUGGUCCCAAGAAAGACCUUACAACCAGAAACAGCAGCCGUUCCAGAGUGGCUUGCAGCAGGGUCUUUUGGAUUAGUUACAGUGUUUACCUUACUUCUGAGGAAUGUGCCUGCACUGCAGUCAAGCUUACUAUCAACUUUUGACAAUCUUGACUUGUUGAAGGAUGGUCUUCCUGGCUUCGUAGUAACUGCACUUGUUUUGGGGGUCCAUGAAAUCAGCCACAUCUUAGUUGCAAAAAGCUCUGGAAUAAAGCUUGGAGCGCCAUACUUCGUUCCUAGUUGGCAGAUAGGCUCCUUCGGUGCUAUUACAAGGAUUAGAAACAUUGUAGCCAAGCGUGAGGAUCUUCUGAAGGUUGCAGCAGCAGGACCAUUAGCUGGUUUCUCCUUGGGUCUUGUUCUUUUACUUUUAGGCUUCUUCUUGCCACCUAGUGAUGGUAUUGGUGUUGUAGUUGAUGCUUCUGUGUUUCACGAGUCACUUCUUGCUGGUGGUAUAGCAAAGCUGCUUCUUGGUGAUGCUCUCAAGGAAGGCACUCCGUUAUCUGUCAAUCCACUUGUUAUAUGGGCAUGGGCUGGACUUCUCAUUAAUGCCAUCAACAGCAUCCCUGCAGGGGAGCUUGACGGAGGACGAAUUUCUUUCGCCAUAUGGGGAAGAAAGGCUUCAGCUCGCUUCACAGCUGCCUCCAUUGCGCUGCUUGGACUAUCCUCUUUGUUUAAUGAUGUGGCAUUUUAUUGGGUAGUUCUGCUAUUCUUCUUGCAGAGAGGGCCGAUUGCUCCACUUUCUGAUGAAAUCACUGAUCCUGACAACAAGUAUGUUGCCCUUGGAAUUGGAGUUUUGGUCUUUGGACUGCUGGUAUGCUUACCAUACCCCAUCCCUUUUACAAGUGAAGCCAUCGCAACUUUCUAAUGGCACAAUACAUAUACACCCCUUAAAACUUUCUCGUAGAUAUCUGAGGGUCCAUGCUACUAAGAUUUACCCAAGAAGGUGACUCUAAUAUACCUACUGGUUUGUAAAGUAGCUUAGGUUUACGUCAUGUUUUUGUAGCGAGAAUAAUUCUUCAAAAAGAGGAUUUUGUUAUAUCUACUUGGUUCACUUAAUGAAAUAAAAUAACCAAGCUUCUAUUA